AUGAGGUUCAACGCUCCUGCGAUGGCCGUUUCGGCCGCCGUCCUGGCCGGCACCGCCUACGCCCAAGCUGGGGACGCACCUCUUGAUCACAUCAAGGAGGCGCCCGUCAUGCCCCCGCUGCCGAAAUUCACGCCCACCAAGUUAAAGGCUCCCUUCCUCGAGCAGUUCACCAAAGGCUGGGAGAAGCGAUGGAAGCCCUCGCACGCGAAGAAGGACAUGGCCGGCUCCACCACGGAGACAGAGGAGUGGGCGUACGUCGGCGAGUGGGCCGUCGAGGAGCCCGUCGUGUACAAGGGCAUGGAGGGUGACGAAGGCCUCGUCGUCAAGAACCCGGCCGCCCACCACGCCAUCUCGGCCAAGUUCCCCGAGAAGAUCAUCCCCAAGGGCAAGACGCUGGUGAUCCAGUACGAGGUCAAGCUUCAGAACGGUCUCGAGUGCGGCGGUGCCUACAUGAAACUGCUCCGUGACAACGAGGCCCUCCAUCAGGAGGAGUUCGCCAACACGACGCCGUACGUCAUCAUGUUCGGCCCUGACAAGUGCGGCCACAACAACAAGGUGCACUUCAUCUUCAACCACAAGAACCCCUUGUCGGGCCAGUACGAGGAGAAGCACCUGACGGCACCUCCCAUUGCCAAGACGACUCUCAAGACGACGGAGCUCUACACUCUCAUCGUGCACCCCAACAACACGUUCGUCAUGAAGAACAACGGUGAGCAACUCGUCACGGGCUCUCUCCUCAAGGACUUCACUCCCUCCGUCAACCCACCCGAGGAGAUUGAUGAUCCCAGGGAGAGCAAGCCUGCCGACUGGGUUGACGAGGCCCGCAUUGCCGAUCCCGAUGCUGUCAAGCCUGCCGACUGGGACGAGGAGGCUCCGUUCGAGAUUGUCGACGAGGCGGCGACGAUUCCCGACGACUGGCUCGAGAACGAGCCCCUGAACGUUCCCGAUCCCGAGGCGCAGAAGCCCGAGGAUUGGGAUGACGAAGAGGACGGUGAUUGGAUUCCGCCGACGGUGGCGAACCCGAAGUGUGGUGAGGCUGCUGGCUGUGGCCCCUGGACCAAGCCCAUGAAGCCCAACCCCGACUACAAAGGCGCCUGGAGUGCCCCUUUCAUCGACAACCCGGCCUACAAGGGAGCCUGGGAACCCAGCAAGAUCAAGAACCCUGCUUUCUUCCAGGACUUAAGCCCUGCCGACUUUGAACCCAUGGGCGCUAUUGGCUUCGAGAUCUGGACCAUGCAGAACAACAUUCUCUUCGACAACAUUUACAUCGGUCACUCGGUCGCCGAUGCCGAGAAGCUGGCGGCCGAGACGUUCAAGGUCAAGCUGCCCAACGAGAAGGCCGCUUCCGAGGUCGACACGCUCAACCCGGAUGAUGAUGAUGACGACUUGCCCAAGGCCCCCACGGACCUCCACUUCCUCGACGACCCCGUUCUCUACAUCAAGGAGAAGCUUGAUCUUUUCAUCACCAUUGCCAAGCAGGACCCCGUCGAAGCCGUCAAGUUUGUCCCCGAAGCUGCCGGCGGCAUUGCCGCCGUCGUCGUCACCCUCAUUGCCCUCCUCGUCAGCCUUCUGGGUCUCGGCAGCUCCUCUUCACCUGCCAAGAAGGCCGCCGGCGACGCCAAGGAGAAGGAGAAGGAGCAGGAGAAGGAUGUCAAGGACAAGGCCAAGGAGACGACGGACAAGGCCAAGGAAGCCACGGAUAAGGCUGCUUCCUCGGCCGCAACGGGCGCCGAGAAGGCCAAGGGCGAGGUCAGCAAGCGCACGACCCGCAGUCAGUCGUAG